ACUAUUAUUUUGGUCCCCUACGUUUGGGGUGAAUUCUAUUUUAGUCCCCAACGUUUAAACUGUUCUAUUUAAAUCCUAAAAAGAUUUGAUUUGCAUCAAUCAAGUCCUUCCGUUAAGUGGGUGUCAAAUUAUUGACGCCGUGUCCGACGUGGCAAAGUUGGCAGUUUGGCUGUAGUUAACAGUUGGAAUUGGAAGCACGAAAAAAAAAAAGAAAACGAAAUGAAAUCCGGUCCAAUAAGUAAACCCUAAUCCCCAAAGUUGAUGUUCUUCGUCUGCUGAGAAUGGCUACCCAGUCGUCCUCCCAAGGUUCGCGUAGCAGCACCAAGAGUCGUGGGAGAAGGAGGACUUGCUUCUGUGGAGAGAGACCGGUAUUGCGCACGUCAUCUACAGCGGAGAACCCAGGAAGAAGAUUCUGGGGCUGCGUCAACUUUCAGAUAGGAGAUGGAUGCGAUUAUUUUGCUUGGGCAGAGCCUGAAGGACAAGAUCCACAAAUUCAAAGACUGAAGAACAAAGCAAGCUCGUUGAAAGAGGAACUGCAGAAAGCUGAAAGGAAAUUUGCAUUGGCAGUUGGUGUUGGAAUUCUUGAAUGGACAAUGGCUGGGCUGCUGCUAUGUGAUCGACUCAAUUGAGGUUUAGGGGGUUAGCAUUUUGUUUAUUUUUGCCAUUCUGUUGUUGUCCCCUGGUUUGUAGGGAAUGUCAAUUGUUUAGGGAUUGAAAAAAUUGACAUACAGUUGGGUGAUAACAGUAAUGUAAAGAGAAUGAAAUUUUUUUGUGGCUGUGUCUGUAAAGCCAUUUGCUGUAAACAUUGUAAGGUUUUUGAUUGAAAUGAAUAGCAAUGAGUUCCUGUAUUGUGACAUACAUUAUUUGGCUAUGUACAAGUUUAUUUCAGUUUUAUCUACUAAUAAAAACAAGGCUUAAUUUGCCAAUUCACAUAACCUUUGCUGCUGAAAAUUCAUGUAAUUCAUUAGAUAAUGGAGAAGUCUUAAAGUAGCUUCUCUUAACCAUAACAAUAUCCAAACAAGCCUUAAAUAUAACCAUGAAAAGGUAACAACACAAAAGAGAUCAACAUAACAGUAGUAGUCUUAAAGUAGGGUGUCUAAAGUAUCACAGGGACAUUAGUCCUUGGUCAUUGACAGAUUCAUUACAAAACAGAUGGAAUCACUAAAAUCUACUAUGUUCUUCAUCCCAAUGCCUUCCAGGCCCUAGGUGGUGUUUUUGCCAUGAACCUCAGGGACCUCCUUGAUGGGCUAGUGACUGUUGCUAUUGAUGGUUGUGGUUGACUGGCACUGCUGCUGCAUCUAGCUCUCUUGGAUGAUGUCUGUGACUCCUGGCUUCCUCCAACUUGUGUACUGCUCUUCCUCUUUGGCUGAAGUCUUGUUGCUGGCUGUGUUGUUGUCUUGGCAGGGAUCUUGUUGGGUUUUGGAGUCCUAGUUGUGCCAGCCCCUUUCUUGGC